AUGUUUCUCAUCAAAAUUUUACAAGUAAAUAUCUAUUUUACUUUGCUAACGGCACAGUUUUUCGGCAUUCCCUACAGCUUGAUCCAGCAAUUCAUCGGACCUGUCCCACCUCAAGCCCUUCAACAAACACAGGCCAUUAUUUUCAAUGAGAAUCUGAACUGGAGACAACGGGGUGAUCAAUUGAGAGGAUUGUACCAUUCACUCCCCGCAUACCAACGACCACAAAUACCCCGAGUACCACAAUAUGUACAGGACCAAGCUCGUUCAAUCUAUCGAGAUCCGUCGACAAAUCUUUUGCAAAAAGGGAUAAACUUCAUGAGCUUCAUUUCCCGUCCUGAAGUCUCCGCUCAACCACCAGGGAGGAUUGGUUUAGACAGAAUUUCCGGGAAA